GCUCACAUGUGGUGAAGGUACCUCAACGUUUCGAAACCUUAUACCAACGAUAUCUGCUCUAACCUCAAAUAAACAAUUUUUAUUUCUAAGACGGAUUACGAUCUAACCAUGGCUCGACCAACCAUCCGACACCUGGGGAACUUCGACCCCUCGACAGACGCGGCGAUGCUGAGGAAGGCCAUGAAGGGCCUCGGCACCGACGAAGCCUCCAUCAUCAACAUCCUCGCCAACAGGACCAACGACCAGCGCCAGAAAAUAAUGCUGGCUUUCAAACAGGCUUACGGUAAGGACCUGACUGAUGAACUGAAGAGCGAACUGGGCGGUAAAUUCGAGCGCGUGGUGCUGGCGAUGAUGUUGCCCACGACGGAGCUGCUCGCCGACCACCUGCACGAGGCCAUGAAGGGCGUGGGUACCAACGAGGACACCUUGGUCGAGAUCCUCUGCACCCGCAACAACAAGGAGAUCAAUGAACUGAAGUCUGUGUACGAGCAAAAGUACGGUAAGUCUCUUCAGGAGCGCCUCGAGAGCGAGACUUCAGGCCCUUUCGGCAGCCUUCUCAUCUCCAUGACGACCGGCACCAGAGACGAAGAGAACACCAACCUGCAGCUGGCGCCUCAGCUGGCACAGCAACUCUAUAAAGCUGGUGAAGAAAAGGUCGGCACUGACGAGUCUGAGUUCAACAGGAUCUUGUCAUGUUACUCCUACAAUCUACUGCGCUAUGUCUUCUAUGAGUACGAGAAAAUAAAGGGCAAGUCUCUGAUCGACGCUAUCAAGAGCGAGUUCUCAGGCGACAUACAGAACGGCCUCAUAGCGGUUAUCUCGAGCAUUGAGAACCGACCUCAGUUCUUCGCCAAGUGCCUGCACGAUGCCAUGAAGGGAGCUGGCACCAAGGAUGACGUGUUAAUCAGGCUGAUCGUGACGCGGGCCGAGAUCGAUUUGGGCACCAUCAAGCAGGAGUAUGAAAAGCUCUACGGCGAGAGCCUCGAAAGCCACAUUAAGAGUGAAGUUUCUGGAGACUACGAGACGUUGCUCCUCGCCUUGGCUGACGGUUGAGCGGAGGUUGUACACAACCCAAUGAAAUAACGGGUGUAAAUUGAAGGUGUAAGGGUAGGACGAGGGUCAACGGGAGAGCAAAGCAAUGAUUAAAAAAUCUGAGGACGGGGAUAAUAGAAUCAAUUGUGGCUUCAUCCAGUUUUCUUCAGAAAAAAUGGACUUCAGGUCGUCGCUAUGGAAAAAAUUGUUGCCGCAUAUGUCAGUAUUUUUUUUUAAAAUAAAUAUGAAUGCUACGUGGAGAUGAUAUUGUGUGAACGCUUCUAUAUGCACGCUAAAGGUUAUGAAUGAUUUAUUAUAAACGAUUGAUACAUACAUCACCAAUUCAGUGAUAGGCAAAUACAAUAUGGUAAAGUUUCUAACUGCAAAAAUAAUAUAAAGCAACCAGCAUAAUCUCGCAAUUCGUUUGCAUCUAUUCGAAUGAAUUACAGCGCUGGGCAAUUUAGCCACGUAGAGAAUCCAUAUUUGCAGUCGGUUAGCCUAUUUGCUAGGCAUUACUUUCUCACAUGUAAGGUAAAGGAACGGUUGCAACAUUCGGUGGUUCUGAGCAUUUCAUUUUCACAAUGAAUGGUACAAUGGA